UUGCAAGAAGUUUCGUCAGCACCACGCGAGCAAUCGGCAAAUUAAAAUUAAUUUUCGAUGUUCCUUUCUCCAUAUCUAAUUAUAUUUGAACCAAUAUACAUAUAUCAAAUAUAAAUGAGACAAGUUCUCAAUUUUAUAUAUAAGUGUAGUGUGUUUAGUAGAUCUUAUUCACUUGUUCCAUUCAGACUUUCGCACAAUCUUGAGUGGGGAAGCAAUAAAGUACACAGAAAAAUUAAAAUUCCAAAUCCUUACAAAGAUAUUAUAAUGGCUGAUCCUAAAAUUGAAGAAAUUUUGGCUCCCUUCAGAGCUAGUGUCAAAGAACAGGGUGAUUUAGUGAGAAAAUUAAAGGAAGACAAAGCACCAGAAAUCGAUGUAAAGAAGGCUGUAGCUGAAUUGAAGGCAAGGAAGAAAUUGUUGGAAGAUAAAGAAUUGGCUCUUACACCUUCAGAAGAAAUGUUCGACCGCGCAAAAAUGGAGGAUCUUAUAAAAAGGCGAUUCUUUUAUGACCAGUCAUUCGCGAUUUACGGAGGCAUAACAGGUCAAUUUGACUUUGGGCCUAUGGGUUGUGCCCUCAAAAGCAACAUGAUCCAACUGUGGAGGAAGUACUUUAUUCUUCAGGAACAAAUGUUGGAAGUGGACUGUUCAAUUUUAACACCAGAACCUGUUCUAAAAGCUUCAGGCCAUGUGGAGAGGUUUGCUGAUCUCAUGACAAAAGAUAUCAAGACUGGAGAGUGUUUUCGGUUAGACCACCUAAUCAAAGCACACCUGGAAAAAAUUAAAAGUGAAAAAAAUACAAAAGCAGAACUGAAAGCUGAAAUUGAAGAUAUUCUGGUUAAACUUGAUGGUAUGACAGCCGAUGAUAUGUCAGCACUGAUGCAAAGGUUCCAGAUGAAGUCCCCAGUGAGUGGCAAUGAGCUUACACCACCUAUUGAAUUUAAUUUGAUGUUCAACACUCAGAUUGGUCCUUCUGGACUAGUCAAGGGCUUCCUGAGGCCUGAGACUGCUCAAGGGAUAUUUGUAAAUUUUAAGCGUCUUUUAGAAUUCAACCAGGGUCGCCUGCCAUUUGCUGCUGCCCAAAUUGGCAACUCAUUCAGGAAUGAGAUCUCUCCUCGAUCUGGUCUACUGAGAGUUAGAGAAUUUACAAUGUGUGAAAUUGAACAUUUCUGUGAUUCUAAAAGCCACCCUAAAUUUGACACUGUGAAAGAUACCAAAAUGUUACUAUACUCAGCUGAUAAUCAAGAGCAAGGGAAACCAGCUGAAAUUACUACUAUUGGAGAAGCAGUCUCAAAAGGCAUUGUCAAUAACGAAACUUUGGGUUACUUUAUGGCAAGAAUUCACCUUUAUCUUUUAGCUGUGGGCAUAGACCCCAAGAAGCUGCGGUUCAGACAACAUAUGGGCAAUGAGAUGGCUCAUUAUGCAUGUGAUUGCUGGGAUGCUGAAUGUCUGUCCAGUUAUGGUUGGGUAGAAUGUGUAGGUUGUGCUGACAGGUCUGCAUAUGAUCUUACUCAGCAUACAAAAGCUACAGGUAUCAGACUUGCAGCUGAAAAGAAAUUACCAGCACCCAAACAGAUUGAAGUAGUAGAAGCUGUAGCUAAUAAGGCUGCAAUUGGUAAAGAAUUCAAGAAAGAUGCAAAAGUAAUUAAUGAUACAUUAGGCUCCAUGGAUUCUGCUGCUCUUGAUGACUUGCAGAGCAAAUUAGACUCAAAUGGUGAAUACAUACUUAGCACUUCAGUAGGAGAAUUCAAAUUGACACCAAAUUUGGUAAGUGUCAAGAAAAGUCAGAAAACAGUCCAUGUCGAAGAAAUUAUACCAAGUGUUAUUGAACCCUCAUUUGGCAUUGGAAGAAUUCUUUAUUGUAUAUUGGAACACAACUUCAAGAUGAGAGAAGGUGAUGAACAGAGAACCUACUUCUCAUUACCAGCUACUGUGGCACCUAUGAAGUGUGCAGUAUUACCACUUAGUGGCAAUGCUGAAUUCCAGCCAUUUGUGAGAGAACUCAACCAACUUCUAACAAAUGUUGAUGUCUCACAUAAGGUUGAUGAUUCAUCAGGUUCUAUUGGGCGGCGUUACGCGCGAACUGACGAAUUAGGGGUACCAUAUGCUAUUACAGUAGAUUUUGAUACUGUCAAAGAGCCUCACACAGUAACAUUGAGAGAACGAGACAAUAUGGGGCAGGUGAGGCUUCCUAUAGAGGAUGUUCCUAUUGUUGUGAGGGACCUUGCUAACAGUAAAAUAUCAUGGAGUAGUGUAGAACAGAAAUACCCAAAAUUUGAACAACAAGAGAACGUCAAAGGUGCAGCGGCGUAGAAUAUGACGCAAACAUUGCCAUUUGCACAGCUGUAUUUAAUGAUCUUGUAUUGUUUUAAGUUCAAUGAAAAUUCUUUAUUUAUUGUUGUAAUCUGUAAGCUUUAGUUUUGUUAUUAAGAAUAUCUGGUUCAAACUAGUUUUGCAGAUACUUAUUAAAUUGCUGAUAUAAUUUUAUUACUAUUUUUUAUUUGAGUCUUGGUGGUCUACCAAUUUAGCA